CCUGCGCCGCCAGCUCCCGCGACGGCACCACCACCAGCCCGCGGGGCGCUGCCGCCUUUUUCUCCUCCUCCUGCUCCUUAUCCUCCUCCUUCCCGGGCCGGGCGAGCAGGCGGUCGAGCAGCGGCAGCAGACAGCACCGCAACAGGAAUGACGGUGAACACGCCGCUGUGUUUUAGAGGGAAGAACAUCCUGGCGCCCAUGGUGCGAGUAGGAACCUUACCGAUGCGUCUUUUGGCCCUGGACUACGGUGCUGACAUCGUAUACUGUGAGGAGCUGAUUGACAUAAAGAUGCUGCAGUGUAAGAGGGUUAUAAAUGAAGUACUUGAAACAGUGGACUUUGUUGCACCAAAUGAAAGAGUUGUUUUCAGAACUUGUGAAAGGGAGAGGCACUGCGUCGUCUUUCAAAUGGGUUCAGCAGAUGCUGAAAGAGCCUUGGCGGUAGCUAAGCUUGUAGAGAGUGAUGUAGCUGGCAUUGAUAUCAACAUGGGCUGCCCAAAAGAAUAUUCUACUAAGGGUGGCAUGGGGGCAGCAUUGCUAUCUGAUCCUGACAAAAUAGAGUCUAUACUGACUACUCUUGUUAAAGGAAUUUGUAAGCCAAUAACCUGCAAAAUACGCAUUUUGCCCUCAGUUGAGGACACCUUGAAUCUGGUGAAGAGAAUAGAAAAAACUGGUAUCGCUGCCAUUGCAGUCCAUGGAAGGAAGAAGGAGGAGAGGCCUCAGCACCCUGUCCACUGUGAUGUGAUCAAAGCCAUAUCUGAAGCAGUCUCCAUUCCAGUAAUAGCAAAUGGAGGAUCUCAUGACUUCAUCAAAGAAUAUAUGGACAUUGAGACCUUCCGGAAAGCAACAGAUGCCUCAUCUGUAAUGAUAGCUCGUGCUGCCAUGUGGAACCCAUCCAUUUUCAGAAAAGAAGGUCCUUUCCCCUUGAAGGAAGUCAUGCAAGAUUACAUCAAAUACGCAGUGAGAUACGAUAAUCAUUAUACCAACACGAAAUACUGUUUGUGUCAGAUGUUAAGAGAACAAUUAGAAACUACUCAGGGCAAGAAGCUGCAUGCUGCACAGUCCACACAGGAAAUCUGCGAAGCUUUUGAAAUGGCUGAUUUCUAUGAAGAAACAACAGCUAUUUUCGAAGCAAAGAAAACAUCUCUAGAAACUAAGACACAAGAUGAAGACGACCAGAUAGAAGAUCCAGAUGUAAUAAAAAUGGCUGUUAGGUUUGACAAGCGAGAAUAUCCACCACAGAUUACUCCAAAAAUGUAUCUUCUGGAAUGGUGUAGGAAAGAAAAGCAUCCUCAGCCUGUUUAUGAAACUGUUCAAAGACCACUGGAUAGACUGUUCUGUUCAGUUGUGACAGUAGCUGACCAAAAAUACAGAUCAACUCUGUGGGACAAGUCAAAGAAACUAGCAGAACAGGCUGCAGCUAUUGUCUGUCUGAGAACACUGGGUGUCCCAGAGGGAAAGCUGUGUGAGGGAGAAAACCACCUGAUAAACAAACGCAAGAGGGAAGACCUGGAGCACUUGAAUAACAGAGACCAUGGAAAAGAUCUUGCUGAGCCUUCCCAUAAAAAAGCUAAUUUUACUGAAGAAACUUCUGACAUGAAUGUGCCUCAGAUGCCACGGUAGCAUGGAGAUCAGAGGUUUCAGGCAGCAUCACAGAAGCUACAAAUAAGCUCCUGAUUGUGUAUCUUGGUGUACACGUUUCGUCUGGAUUCUCUGAGACGGAUAAAUUCCCCAGGUGUGAAAGAUGCCAGUAAGAUGUUUACUAUUCACCACUCACUGUCCCUGUGGUGCCUUUCAGACUGGAUAAAUUAGCAGUUUGAUUUUAGAGAACAUUGAGAAUAUUAUCCCAAACAAUAAAUUUUUUUAAUAUCAGAUGCUUUCAAGGCUGUCUUGUAGUUGAUUUUAUUAUUUGCUCAUUUAUUUUAAGAAGUCUGUGGUGUGCUGGUAGGAGAUUUCUGAAUGUAUCGGCCAUAAGAAGGUUGGUUCAUUAUGGAACUAUGUAUUUAAAAAGAAAAACUCAUGUUGGAAAAUACUAGUAGCUAAGUAGACAUGGUUUUGACAAAUGAGUUUCAUGCAUGACUUGAGGCUUUCCUGGUCUUAGGUAUUACAAUUGUCUUUUCAGUAAGAAAUUGGAGCCUAGUAGCUGUGAAUUAUUUGAUUGAAGGCACUUUGAGCUGUUUUGUUCUUUUGAACUUGGAAGUACUAGUAAGCAUCUAUUAUUAUUUGCAGUAUGGGCAUUCAAAUAUGGCCUUGUAUGUUCUUGAAAUGUGACCUACUUUGCCUCAGUAUUUAGCUGUUGAUGAUACUGGUGGUCUUAAUCAAAAGCACGUUUGUUUUUUUUUUUAAUUUAUUGUAAUCUUCAGAUUGUUAGUACUGGUCUGAAAGCAAAAUUACAGGGAUACCAUGCCAUGAUCUCUGGAGUAUUGUGCAUAAGUAACUUAUAAAGUAUAAUUUAUUUGGAUGUAGUUCGAUAGUCUACCUAUUUAAAACUUUGAAUCUUUUUCUCAGAUGAUGGCAUCAGCAUUAAAUCAUUCUUCUAUAAUGGCAGAACAGUAUCUCAGCAGAUGAUGUUCAGACUUUUAAAAUAUAAAUGUAUACCUACUUAAUUUUAAAUGACUACUGUUCAGAUCAUAAAGUAAUUACUAGUAAAUCUAUACAGUCUAAGAAGAAAAGUUUUUCUUACUCAUUUUGUAUGCUGCAAUAAAUGCAGUGCAGUAUACUUAAAUUUGAUACAGCUUUAGUGUUAGAAGUUUACUCUGAACCUGCAAAAGAAUUUGCAGCGUUAAACAGAAAUUUUACAAGUAGCCUUUUUCCUGGUGGAAGUGCUAUCUUUUAUCUUGCUCCUGUUCAUGUUGUUAGGGGCCAUCAUAGAGGAAAGAGUCUUUUUUUUUUUUUUUUAGGUCCUGCUAGUGAUGUGGCCUGCAAGUUCUCAUAAUAUCAUAGAACCACUGGAUGUUUGAGCUUAGAAUGGACGUUUGGAGAUCAUGUCCCAUUCGACUCCAUGUGGGCUUUAACUUUCCCAAGCUGUGCACAUCACUGUGCUGAGACAGCAUCUCUCUUUCUCCUGGGACACCCGAUCUUGCUUUCACCUUUUGUUCUUCCCAUGUAUAUUUAAUUUUGACUUAAAAUCCUAGUCAGAGCACAUAUUUAUGGCAAGAGAUCGGUUAACUCCAGUUGUGAAUGUGUAAGGUUUGAUUUUAUGUUGAACAGCUACGCAGAUUUCUGCAGUUCUGCUGUCAAAAAAUCACAUGUAACUAUAUCUGGAAGAACUAUAGUUGGAGAAAGAUGCCUAAAUAGAGGUUGUAUGAAAAUACUGUACCUCAAAAAAGUUUUAUUAAUUAUCUUAUAUUCCAGAACACAUGCCUUGUUUUGGCUGAUGGAGAGAAUUGAAUAAUACUGAGUUUAUAUUCAUUUAUAAGCUGGAAAAAAUGUUACAUCAAUUUAGGACUGCAAAGUGUAUGUAUUGUAUUUUUGUUAAAACAAAUCGAAGUUUCUGGAGGUUGUUUCUGUUUCUUAGUAAGAAUAUGUCUUCAAAUCCUAAUUUAAAUUAUUGCAUGGUCUGAAAUGCUUACAUUUAUUCCUCAUCAUUUGUUGUAAUAGUUUUAUAUGUUGAUGAGGUGGUCUGUUGUAGUUCUGGAUGACCACAACUAGGCCAAACAGCAUGUGAAAAUGGGAGUGAGAGUCACUCUGUCGGAAUGAGCGCUCUACGCUAAAUAUAGAAGCGCUGUAAAUUCUGGCAAUCGGCUCGAAAGCAUAGCGUAUGUUUGACAUCCUUGACCCAUGUCAAAAGGGAAACUUGCAAUUGUGUGUACCUGCACACAUGAGAGUGAAAACAUUUUUGCUUAAGGUUUGUUUUCUGUUACAUGCCUUCAUUCUGAACUGUAUUGCAACUAAUGUGUGACUUUGUGCCAUUGUUCAUUUCAACCUCAUUAGUUCCACAGUAAGUAGAAUUUGUAUUUAACAUGUGUAUUCCUUCCCAAGUAUUGGUUUUAAAGUAAUUCAGCACAAUGCUUUCCUUCUAGAGACUGUUCCGUUCACAUUAAUUUUAAAGAGCAAACUGCUCUGAUGACUUUAUAGGACAGUUUCUCCUGUGCCUCUUUUCUGCUGUACCUCUCAUAAACAGAAGGUGGCAGAUUUUAUUGCUCUUCUCCAGGAAAAUCUGCUGACUUCUGCAAGAUUUGCCGGUGCAGCCAUUGCACUUCUGCAUUCUUGCAUAGGGUGGCAAUUGAGACCACAGUUGGUUUGGAGGUUGUUUAGCUUCACUUGUCAGAAAUACUUUUAUUUUCCCACUUUUAAUAUGGCACGAAUGUGAUAUGUGGUCAAUACGAACUGAAGCUGUGCUUUAAGUAUUUAGUGGAAAAAAAAUCCUAUUAAUCCUAUGGAAUUCAGUGAAGCAACCUUUCAUUUCUAUCAAAAAAAAGCCUUUUUUACAAGGCUACAGCAAGUAGGCAGGAGAGUAGUUGUCUUUGGUUCUUGGUAUUGAUGCUGCAGGAACUGUUCCUAAUACCUGCCAAAGGUGAUCUGUGCGCAUAGGGAGCACUGUGAUGCCCCCCCGAUAGCCUACAUGUAUUCUGCUUAUUAAAGCAUGAAUGGGAAUGCAAAGAUACGUUUAUUAGCCUUUUAGCAUGGAUGCGCUCAGUGUGGGCUACCUCUUGGGGCCUUGCUGGUUGGAAUGCUUUUUGGAAUGUCCCAGGCUCUGAGCCCAACCCCGCCCUGGAAUGUGAGGUUAAAUGCUGGCGGUACAAAUCCAGAGUUUGAAUAUCAAAAUCCUAGAGUUCCCCAGUGCUGCAAUUUCAGAAAGCUGGCAAGUGAACCACAUGUCAGCUCAGCUGCUCUCUGAUUCAAAGAGUAGGCAUGCCUUGGGUUGCUGGGGGAGGAGGGAGGAUGUUUUUUGUUUUGUUUUGGUUUUUACUUACCCGUUAUGACCUGCAGAAGGGCAUGCUUUUCAAAGACAUUAACUGGCAAGAUCACAGGAGGUCCCAAACAGGUGCUAGCUUGAAAAAAAGCCUUCAUUCACACGGGUGUUUUAUCGCCACUUCUUUAACCAAACCUACAAGCUCAACAUACGUGGGAGCUGUUGCCGUAUUAACCAGGAGCCUGCUGAUUCUUGGACUCAGAGUCAAGAAGCUGUCGAUGCGAUGGCCCACAAGGCUUAAGUUUCCAUCUGUCCAGAGUGCAGGAGGCCGGCAUUGCAGACUUUUACUCUGAGUCUGAUGACAAAGCUGAUGAAAAACAUUAAAAGCAACGUGCAAGGCCUUUGGUGAGGAGGGAGUGCCUUGUGCAUUGUUAAACAGCAGUUGUCUAGGUCAGUUGAGGAGAAGAACUGAUGAGCUCCAGAGGGAGCCUAGUCCAGUAUCCCCACUCGGAGUAUUAACCUCAGUGUUUUUAUGAGGGGAGGCUUGAAAGAAUACAUGUGUUUGUGGUGUUCGCUUAGCUCCCAAAUGAAAUUCUGUUGCAGGAGUUAAUGGGAAUCUGCCUGUUAAAUAGCUAUUAGAUAAAUAAAUAAAUACUUUUCCCUUGUCCCGGCAUGGUGGGAGAGGCUCUGGUUUCCUUUUUUAGAAAGUUCUUGUCUGACAGAUAUCCUCUUGUGAGAGUUUACAAAGCGCUGCAGUGCAAAGCUGACAUUUUACCCAUUUUGAUUUAAUUUUUCCUCGGUGGUCUCCAUAUAUUGAAUACUUCAGUUUGUACAUGUGUGUAAUAUGAAAAAUGGGCUUCCUGCUUAAGUGCCUUUAAAAAAUACUGCUUGCUUUGGUGAUUGCAACUGAACUAGUUCUAACUGUGAAAAAGGAUUUUUGGUUAGUGUUCUGUGGGGACAGAACUGCGAUUUGAGAACUGAUCUGCUAUCUGUACUUUUUAUACAAUUUUAAAACAACGUAAAAUUUUACCUCUCCUGUGAAGGUUCUUUGUUGAUUGUGAAGUUACCUAUGAGACUAGGAGACUGCACGUCACACGUGGCUGUAUGCUUGCUGUGCACAGGUGUUAGCAGGGACUGUUAGAAUGCUGCCGUAGGUCUGUAUCUGAAACUUCUUAAACUGAUAAAAUGGUUUCCCCCACUGGCACCUGAGAAAAGCCAGGGUUACAAAGAUAUUAAACUAAAAGCUAAUACCUUCUUACCUUUUUGUAGUGUUGGAAAAUAUUCUCCUUUUGACUUAGGGAAAAAUAAGGCUCCCAUCAAGCUUCCAUGGCUCAUGUGAUCUGAAUCAAUGCGUGUUUAUCUAGAAAUUAACUACUGCAAUUUUCUCUAAGUUUCUCAGGUAGCAAAGAUGUGUAUAACAUUUAGUAUUUUACUCUCGCUACCUGUCUGAAUAAUUAUAGAAAUGUAAAGUAAACUUCAUAGCCAUCUGUGUAACUGCUCUAGUUGCAUACUCAGUACACAUCCCAGGCAGCAAACAAAAGUUAAAAUCAUUGUUUUCUGCUCACUGUGCUGAAAUAAAGCAAAUCCUGGACACCAGACAGAAUACAAGUAAACAUGUCUGGGUACAUGUACCUAUACGAACCACAAAACCCAUGAGAUCUUGAGUAUGUUAAAAACAAUGUGGGACAGUUUCACUUCAGCAGUAGCAUGCAUUUAUUUCCCCUAUAUGGCAUACAGUGCUUUUUUUGCAUUUUUCUUUUCAGAAGUUAACUGAACAUUAAGCCUUCUGGUCAUUAGGUGAGACGGAACGGCAGAUCAAGUGUUCAAUAGGUGCAUCAGAAUGACUGAACUUCAGAAGCUGGAAUAUUGAAAUGUCAGGAUUAAGCAGGUAAAUCACUGUACAGUUAGACUGUGAUGCUUGCCUGUCACAUCUGUGACAUGUAGUUCUUACUUACUGCCCUACUGCCCGGUGACAUUUGCUUAUUACAGCUAAUAGCAGCUUUCUUGUUUUGCACUGCCUGAGCCUGGAAAGCAGUUGCAGGACUUACAGUGUUUUAUAGUACUUAGGCUAUAAAGAUGCUGCAUUAUGAAUACUAAAUUAAUAACAGAUGUAAUAAAUUAUCUUCUCUCCCAUUAACUUUUAUCAGUAGGCCAAAUAUUACAAUGUAGACUCUAAAAAUCAGGUGUAGUUUGCUGACUUGUACAGGUAACAUACAAAGACUAGAGUGUGACCUUAGAUGUGUGCACAUCCUAUAAUGGCAGUGAUGCACCAGGGGUGAAAGGAUGAGUAGAGCAAAAAACCCAGCCCACCCCACCCAGCCCAGCAGCUCCCCUGAAACCAAACCAAACAACAAAAACUUUACUCACUGACAUCUUACUGCACAGUAGUACUGCUUCAAUAUUUACCCAUAGUUUCUGUCUUCAAAACCACUUUCCUUGUAUUCAUAUUCAGUAUUUAAGCUCUUUUGAGGGCACAGUGCAAAGAUUCUCCACUCUCUGUUAGAAACAUGCUGUGUAAAACAUGAUUUAUUUCAAGUGAUGCCCUAUGUCACUGUUCUGUAGAAGCAAAUGCAACUCGAAGUAUGAUGGAGGACAGUUUCCAUUUCAUGUCUUCUUGCAGAGAACCACAAUGAAGACAAACAGAUUUGUUCCACCCCCACUUGGUUAUUUUUUUCAUACAUCUUAAUUAAACAACAACAACAAAAAAAGUUAAUUUAGAUGAAAAGGAGAUUUUCCAGAAAGGGUUGAUGUAUUUCCAUGAAAGGAAGAGCUAACCUCAUCCUGUUAAAAAACAACUUGUAUUUUCACCUAUCACAGCUAGAUUGCCAUUAUGCUUACCAUUUCCCUCUCAGCCUAGCCUGUGAAUUCAGCGGAUCACCUGGUCGGAGAGAACAUUUCGCCCACACAGUUCACACUCUUCUCACUUCCCCUGUGCUUUAGAGCCCUACAGAACACUGUCAUCAUACUGACAUCCUAUAUGGCCUGACAAGACAGAAAAUAAAUAAUGAUAUUUGUGUGUGAAUGCAUGCACAAAAAGUGAACGCUCUCCUGUAUACAUUUUACAGUUUUUUGGGGAGCCACACCUUAUCCUUAAGCCAUGAAAUCUUCCCCUCUGGCAAAAUGACAGAGGUAACAAACACAGGAUCUGUCCUGUUUUAGGACGUUCUAAUCCUCUAAUGAUAUCCUUACAAAAUAGAUACCUGGGGCCAGUGGAAAAUAAUUCUGUUCUAAGGCCAGAAUCCACACCCAGGUCUGUAGUUUAUUACUGCUGCUUGCAAUGUGUUUUUUUUUUGUCAGGUGUAUGUGGCCUUCUCUUAUUCUCCUCUCUGUAAUAAGUUGCCCUAUGCAAGUCCUUGAUAAAAGUGUCUGUGAGCAAAUUGGAGGGAUAUAUGCCUUAGUUUAGUAUGCAAGAGUGUACCUGGUUUUGCACAGUUUUAGGACCCUUUUCCAAACAGACUCAUAGAAAGCAGCUGGCUGUAUUCCAUCUCUCAUUAGUAAGUUUGAUUGGCUUUUCUGUAGCUGUGACUUAAACUCAUUUUGACUAAAUAAAGCUAGGCCUUUAGAGAUUAAGUCUCCUGUACCUUUUUAACAGACUUUGGGAUACUGACAAAAAGCUACUCUGGGUUCAUUGAAAUUACUGCUUACUCAGGUCAGUGUGGAGGUGGGAAGAGGGGGUCCUCCAAUGUUAGCUCAGAACAUUUGCUGGUGUCAGUUGUUUUUUCAGCCUCACUAAGGUGAAGUUAGCACCUGUAAAUACAUUUCUUUUUUCCACUUCAUUGUUUCAAAUCAGCAUGUCAAGCUCAGCACUCCUUUUAUCUGAACAUAGUUACCUUGUUAAUUCCCGUAUUUCCAUGACAAGCCUUUUUUGCAUCAUUGGGUGAAAAUGGAUUCUAUAUCCUACUGUUAAAUUUGAGUUAACAGUACAGUACUGUACUGCUGUUGACUUCCAUUCAAGAAGGUACUUAGCUGGGAUGAUGAACCCAUACAUCUGUUGUCUUCCUAUCUUUGCUUGGCAAUGAUUGCUUCUGUAGAACAGAUCACUAAGGAGUACAGAUAUCUCUUCCUUGACUUCUGCUGUGUACUGCCUGUAGCAUUUGAUUAGCGUCAGUGCUGAUUGCCAUGAUGCUGCUUCCUCACACUGUGUCUGUGCGUAACCCUUCAGCAAGUGCAGAUAGCAGAUGGGCAGAGCAGGCAGCUGAGAGUGGUCACCACCUUUUUUGCUCCAACAAAAUCUGCCACCAAAUGUUACUCAACACCUGAAGUGCCUCUCUUGACAGGUAAAGACUGGCUAGGGCAGUGUCGUAGCGAGAAUACUGAAGAUGAAUUAUGAAAAUGGAAGAUGCAAACAGAUAGGAAGCCUUUUGCUCUAACACCUGCACUUAUAAUACAUAAGCAGACAGUAGGGAUGUUUUAACUGAAGUGGAAUGAGCUGCUGGUUACAGUCAAGUUCUUAGCAUGAAACGUUCUGUUGACAACGUUAGCACAAAGAUCAGUGGCAGAAGACAAA